AUGAACGCUGCCCCGACCCCAGUAAAACCUUUAUUUCCUCGUGUCGGGCUUCUUCAAGUUUCGCUGCAAUGCCCCCGGAUCAGUCGCUCGUCAUUCAAGCUGGUCCGCAGGUUCUGGUUCUACGUCCACGAAUACUUGCUGGUCCCACUGUCUAUGUGGUACAUGCGCCGCCAUGGCAUAUCACCCGACUCCGCCAUCUAUCUGCUUCCAUUUGGCCUCAUUCUAAAACGACACGAGCGCGUCCACGAGCAAGAAGGGCACGCCAUGGACCUGGCUCAUGCCAUGGGUUUGCCCGCGCCGAAGUUCAUUUCAUACGGCUCCAUCGACAGCAAAUGGCAUUUUCCCUCCCUACUCAUGACCAGACUUCCAGGACGACCAUUGGACAGCAUCGAUCCGGAACAAGUCGACUAUGACAUCCUCAAGGUGGAUCUGGUCAAGAUACUCACCCGUAUGCGCAGUUUCGCGAGUCCAUGGGGAAAGCGUGUUUGUGGUGUCUCCGGUGGGCCGGUGCGUGGGCCUCUAAUGCCCGCAGCACCUCUCCCUGCUUGUGCAGAUGAAAUUGCUUUUCAAGAAUACAUUAGAUGGGCCACAGGGUUCGCAGGACGGACCGGCCGUGACGCAGAGCGUGUCGUCAAAGGGGAGGAGUUUUUUGCUCUCCCCGAGCAUGCCACCGUCUUUACGCAUGGCGACCUCAACCACCACAACAUCCUGGUCGGCGAUGAUGGCCAUAUUUGUGGCAUCGUCGAUUGGGAGGCGGCGGCUUGGCUCCCCGAUUAUUGGGAGAUCAGCGUAACGACGAUUGUGCCUCAACGUCACUGGGGUCGAUUUAUGGACAAGGACGUAUCUGAUGGCGUUUAUGAGAAGGAGAUCGAAGGGCAUCGCGCUAUAUUCCCUCUUAUUUCCGAUACUCUCUCUUACUAA